CCGUGGCCGGCGCGGCUGCGUCAUGGCGGAGGCGGCUCUGGACGCGGUGCGGAGGGAGUUACGAGGGUUCCCGGCCGCCGCGAGGGAGCUCAGCGUGCCCCUGACGGUGCCCUACCUGGACGAGCCCCCGACGCCCCUUCAGUUCUACCGGGACUGGGUGUGCCCAAACCGCCCGUGCAUCAUCCGCGGCGCCCUGCAGCACUGGCCGGCCCUGCGGAAGUGGUCGCUCCCCUACUUCAGAGCCACGGUGGGCGCCACAGAGGUGAGCGUGGCGGUGACCCCGGAUGGCUACGCGGACGCCGUGCGCGGGGACCGCUUCAUGAUGCCGGCCGAGCGCCGCCUGCCCCUGAGCCGUGUGCUGGACGUGCUGGAGGGCCGCGCGCAGCACCCAGGCGUCCUCUACGUGCAGAAGCAAUGCUCCAAUCUGCUGGCCGAGCUGCCCCAGCUGCUGCCCGACCUGCAGCCCCACGUGCCCUGGGCCUCCGAGGCGCUGGGAAAAAUGCCUGAUGCCGUGAACUUCUGGUUGGGAGAGGCGGCUGCAGUGACCUCGCUGCACAAGGAUCACUACGAGAACCUCUACUGCGUGGUAUCCGGAGAGAAACAUUUCCUCUUACACCCCCCCAGCGACCGGCCCUUCAUCCCCUACGGGCUGUACCCACCGGCCACCUACCAGCUAACUGACGAUGGGAGCUUUCAGGUGGUGGAGGAAGCAGCUGCUGAGAAGGCAAAGGUGCCUGGGACCUGCCUGCUCACUGUUCGUGUCCUGCAAGCCCAUGAUCUACCCUCCAAGGACCUUGUGACCCCCUCCGACUGCUAUGUGACCCUCUGGCUGCCCACGGCCUGUAGCCAGAGACUGCAGACCCGCACAGUGCGGAACAGCAGGAACCCCGUUUGGAACCAGAGCUUUCACUUCCGGAUCAACAGCCAGCUCAGGAACAUCAUGCAACUGAAAAUCUUCGACCAGGACCUGGUCACCAGUGAUGACCACCUGCUGUCCGUGCUGUUUGACGUGGGGACCCUGCGAGCCGGGGAGCUCCUGCACAACAGCUUCCCCCUGGGCUCAAAGAGCAAGCGACUGGAAGUGGAGUUUCACCUGCGGAGCCUGCCAGACUGUGCUGAGCAGCUUGUCAGCAAUGGCAUCCUGGUGGCCCGGGAGCUCUCCUGUCUGCACGUGCGCCUGGAGGAUACAGGGGACCGGCAGGGCUCGCGGGGCAAAGUCCAGCUUGUGGUCCCCGGGUCCUGUGAGGGGCCUCAGGAGGCGUCCGUGGGUGCCGGCUCCUUCUGCUUCCACUUCCCUGCCUGCUGGGAGCAGGAGCUGAAUAUCCACCUGCAGGAUGCCCCCCAAGAGCGAUUAAAGGUGCCCCUGAACUCCCUGCCCACUGGACAGGUGGUGAGGCUGGUCUUUCCUACAUCCCAGGAGCCCCUCAUGAGGGUGGAGCUGAAGAAGGAAGAAGGCCCCCCGGAGCUGGCUGUGCGGCUGGGCUGUGGGCCCUGCGCCGAGGAGCAGGCCUUCCUGAGCAGACGGAAGCAGGUGGUGGCACGAGCUCUGAAGCGGGCCCUGCAGCUGGAUGAAGACCUGCGGGAGGACGAGGUCCCAGUGAUCGCUGUGAUGGCCACGGGGGGCGGCAUCCGGGCGAUGACGUCCCUGUACGGGCAGCUGGCCGGCCUGCAGGAGCUGGGCCUCCUGGACUGUGUCUCCUACAUCACAGGGGCUUCCGGCUCCACCUGGGCCCUGGCCAACCUCUACGAGGACCCAGAGUGGUCUCAGAAGGACCUGACUGGGCCCACCCAGCUGCUGAAGACCCAGGUGACCAAGAGCAAGCUGGGCGUGCUGGCGCCGGGCCGGCUGUGGCGGUACCAGCAGGAGCUGGCCGAGCGCGCCCGGCUGGGCCAUCCCCCCUGCUUCACCAACCUCUGGGCACUCAUCAAUGAGGCGCUGCUGCACGAUGAGCCCCAUGAGCACAGACUGUCGGAGCAGCGGCAGGCCCUGAGUCGUGGCCAGAACCCUCUGCCCAUCUACUGUGCCCUCAACACCAAGGGGCAGGGCCUGAGCACCUUUGAAUUCGGGGAGUGGGCCGAGUUCUCCCCCUAUGAGGUCGGCUUUCCCAAGUACGGGACCUUCAUCCCCUCUGAGCUCUUCGGCUCCGAGUUCUUCAUGGGGCGCCUGACAAAGAAGCUCCCCGAGUCUCGCAUCUGCUUCCUGGAAGGGAUCUGGAGCAACCUGUAUGCAGCCAACCUCCUGGACAGCAUGUACUGGGCCUCAGACCCCGGGCAGUUCUGGGAGCGCUGGGCGCAGGAUCAGGCCACCCUUGAGAAGGAGCGGGUCCCUCUUGUGAAGAUAGAGGAGACGCCAACGGUGGCUGGCAGGAUCGCUGAGUUCUUCACCGACCUGCUGACGCGGCGCCCGCUUGCCCAGGCCUCACACAACUUCCUCCGUGGCCUUCAUUUCGACAAGGACUAUUUCGAUCACCCGUACUUCGCGGCCUGGAAAGCCACCAAACUGGAUGGACUCCCCAAUGAGCUGACCCCCACGGAACCCUACCUCUGCCUCCUGGACGUGGGCUACCUCAUCAACACCAGCUGCCCCCCGCUGCUGCGGCCCAUGCGGGAUGUGGACCUCAUCGUGUCCCUGGAUUACAACCUCCAAGGCGCCUUCCAGCAGCUGCAGCUUGUAGGCCGGUUCUGCCAGGAGCAGGGCAUCCCCUUCCCACCCGUGGAGCCGGGAGCCGAUGAGCUGCAGCAACCCCACGAGUGUCACCUGUUCCUGGACCCCGAUUGCCCGGAAUCCCCCGCCGUGCUGCACUUUCCGCUGGUCAACGACUCCUUCCGGGAGUUCUCGGCUCCGGGCAUCCGGCGCAUGCCAGAGGAGCAGGCAGCCGGGGAGGUGGACCUGUCCCCCAGAGGCUCCCCCUACCACUACUCGAAGGUGACCUACAGCCCGGAGGACGCAGACAAGCUGCUCCGCCUGUCUCACUACAACAUUUGCAACAACCAUGGGCAGCUGCUGGAAGCGCUGCGUGAGGCGGUGCGGCGGCGGCGGCUGCGGCUGCGGGGGCAGCGGCAGGAGUGAGGGAGGGAGCGGCCGGGCCCUCCAGCACCCCCCGACUCUGCUCAAGCCCCGUCCACGGUGGCCCGGGUGGAAUGGGGACAGGAGCUGCGCCCGGGAGGCCCCCUGGGCUCCAGCAGCGGGCGUGCCCCGGCCCACGCAGCACUUCCUGGCCAAGCAAAGACUCAGCCUGGGGCGCUGGAGGCCUCCAUAGAGGCCCCAGAAGCCGGGGUGAAGCAGAGCAUUUCCUGGUGUAUUCCAGAGCCCCUCCCACCUGCCUCGUGGCACACUGGCUGUCACCAGGCUGGAUGAGCUGGCAGAGUGGGUCCCGGGGGGGGCUGCUGCUCCCAGCCUCGACAGACAUCGUGGUGUCCUCUGCACUGCAUGGGGGAGGCCCAGGACUGGGUCUGCUUACACACACACACACACACACACACACACACACACACACACACACACACACACACACACACACACACACACACACACACGGCAAGGAGGGCUUGUCUGUCCUGGACAGUGCUGUCGAGGGACCCAGUGCCCUUGCUUAGAUUCUCAAGAUUUGCCCCGGACCCGAUGGUAGAGCAGAGGUGGAGUGAAUUUAGCUGCUCCAGAACCUUCCCCAAGCCAGUGUCUGGCUCCCCUGGUUACCUCAGGCCUCCUACAUGGACGUGGUCUUGGCCUCAGGCGACUCGGGGUGUGGGGGUGAUGGGUUCUUGUGACCUGGCCACCUUGGGAGCUGGGGGAGGGGAGCUGGCACCGGCCCAGCCUCACUCUUGUCCCCCUCUCCUCAGCUGGCCUCUGAAUCACACAGUGGAGCCUGCGGGCGCCGCUGCCCAGUGGGAGGAGACAGUCCAGGCGUCAGCGCCUCCGGCCUGUGGCUCUGAGUCUGUCUGACUGCCCUGGAAUGCGUCUGCUGGCCCUCACCUUGUGGGCAGGAAGGCCUGGGGGGAGCAGGAGAGGAUAGAGGAGGAGACAGGGGUGAGGGGUGCGGGUAGAGCUGGGUUGGGUUCUCAGCGCAGGGCACUUGGGCUGUCCUCGCAGGCCGGGCCGCUGUGGUCAGCUGUCCCUGCACAUGAGCCCAGUGAGAGGAGGGCUGGGGGCCAUGCCGGUGACCAGCCUGGGAUGAGGGCGCGAGGGAAGGGGGCUUCACGGGCCAGGCCUCCUGACUGAGUGGGGGUUUGUAUCAUCGGGGUGAGGCUGGGCUGGUGGACCCUGCUCCCCGGCAGCGCCUGUGGGGCCGAGAGACUCGGGACCGCCACCUGCUCUGAUCCCCCGUGUGUGCCUGAGCAGGGAGGCUAUGCCAGGUGCUUGCUCGGCAGGUGGCCUGGAGGGCUGGUCCCCAGCUCCAGCGCAGGCUGGGGGCAAAGGAAGGAGGCAGGUGACCCCAGCAGGCUCCUUCCUGUGGGGCCCGGGGAGAUGGCUCAGGUGUGGAGCAAGUAUCUUGCCCACCCCUCAUCCCACACACUGCAGGCUCCUGUCUGGAUGCCCCAGUUUCUCCUAGGCUUCCCGGAGACAGGCUGCAUUAGCCUCCUCCCGAAGGCUCCCACUUCUCAAAACUGUGGAUCACCACCCGCUCUGGGGUCAUGUAACUGAAUAGGGUCGUGCCGCAAAAAAUUUGAAAGUAAAUUUCUGAUUUGUUA